UCCACUGGCACUGACGUCUUGGUGUGUCAGUCAGGGUUGCUGCUCAGUCCUUUCCCCCUCCGCAGCACUACUGCAGCUUCACUGCAUCACCACCACCUUCCUGUCCCAACAAGGAACGUCUUCCCCGAAGUCCGCCUCACUAUUGCUGGUCAUACCCUUCGUACUCCAAUAUGAUCACUCACAUCGUCCAAUUUCAGUUCAAAGCCUCUCUCGCCCCCGAAAAGGUCCAGGAGACAUGCGCUCAUCUCGUCUCCCUGAAAGACAAGUGUCUACAUCCUACCACCCAGCAGCCAUACGUCAAGUCAUUCAAAGCGGGAAAGCAGGAUUCGCCGGAGGGUAACCAUAAUGGAAUCACCCAUGUAUUCGUCAUGGAAUUUGAGUCCGAUCAGGACAGAGAGUAUUAUCUCACCAAAGACCCCGCGCAUCUAGGCUUCGUCAAGACCCUGGAUGGUCUGAUCGAAAAGUCCCAGGUGGUGGAUUUCACCGAGGGGGUCUUCUAACCCUUCCGCGGACACGAAGCCCUCAAAUAUACUAAACCGGUAUGAAUAUGCAAGAAUAAAGACGAAUACAUGAAUGUACAUAUGAUUCAGCAAGCGAAGAAAUCAACUUUUAGUGGUGUCCUGAAUCCGUUUGAAUUUCCGACCGUCGCGUCGCCGCCAG